UGAAAUGUCUGCCAACAUAUUUAGCCAUUAAUAUUGGAAUUUACAGUAGCCAAAAGUUGUAAAUUUUCAAUAAUUAACCGAUUUUUGUUUCGACCACAUUAUAUCCAUUAUAUCCGUCAUGCAACGAUGCGGAGCACGACACCAAGCGCCGUCUGUACGUGUAUGAAUGACAGCCAACCGAUUAAUCGCUUCGAGCAGCCGCCUGGUGUAAUCGUUUUAAGCGUCGUUCUUUGCAAUUUGCAAAAAGUGCCAGAAAAAGAGAAAAAUAUGCAGACUUUGCGCAAAACCAUUUGAAUGCCAAUUGUGCUGACGUCCAAUAUUCAGACGAAAUCCAAAAGCCAAGGGACAGGUGCAAAGUGCUCGAGGAUUUGAACAAAUUAUUUUCCGUGUCUCCUGCGUGUGUGUGGUGUGUCUGUUAAUGUGUGUUGCGGCGCGUGGGUGAGUGUGUGCGAACGUGCCUGCGUGUGUGUGUGUAAAAAAAGCCGCACACUGCAAAAAAAACAGUAAAAAAUUUCCUUUUUGCCCUUUUUCUCGCAUUUGGCAAUCAAAAACCGUACAAAGGGGCGCCCCCCAACACCCGUGGCGAACCGACGAAUCGGUUUUUUAUAUUUUUUUCCCCCAACCGGUUUAGAAUAACCGCUAAAAUUGUGGAAAAACAGGAGAAAACUCCCAAGCGGAAGAAGAAGACUGCAGCCAGUAAAAUGUCUGCAGUUUACUCGCCGCAGCCGCCGCAGCAGCAGCAGCAACCGCCUCCCCCACCACAGCAGCAGCAGCAGCAGCAACCGCCCCCCAAUGCCAUGUCCCUGCAGCAGCAGCAGCAGCAACAGCAGCAACAACAACAGCAGCCACCCGGCGUCGGCGGCGGCGGUGGCAGCGUCCUCGGCUCCCAGGGCGGGCUGCUGCCCAUGGGGAUGCAGCAGCAGCAGCGUAUCACCGGCGUGCCGCCAAUGGGAGUGCCCGGCUCCCCCGGUAGCAUCAUCACCGGUGUGGGUGGCGGCGGCGGUGGCGUCGGUGUCGGUGGAUGCGGCAACAUGAUGGGUGUCACUCCGCCAUCGACUCCACGCGGCGGCGGCGGCGGUGGUGGUGGCGGAGGCCUUGGCGGCGUCGGCGGUGGACCGCCGCAGGUCAACUCUGCGCAGAUCCAGAAGAUGCUCGACGAGAACUGCGGCCUGAUCCAGACGAUUCAGGACUUCCAGAGCAUGGGCAAGGCGCAGGAGUGCAUGUCCUACCAUGUGGCCCUGCACAGGAAUCUGGUAUAUCUGGCCCAGCUGGCGGAUCCUGCAAUGAAUAUCUCCCAGAUAUUGCCGCCGCCGCACAUCCUGCAGACACAGGCGAUGCAGCAGGGCAACCAGCAGACGCCGGGUGGUCCCACCGGUCCGCACGGUAUGCUGGGCGGCCUACCGCCGCCCCAACAACAACAACAACAGCCACAGCAGCAGGGCGGCCCAGGCCAGGGCCAGCCCCAGCAGGCGGGUGGACCACCGCAAAUGGGUGGCAUGCAGCAGCAUGGCAGCGAGCCCGGCGUCCAAAUGACACCCUAUGGCGGCCAGCAGCAGCAGCAACAGCAGCCGCCACAUCCCGGCAUGCCACCCAAUCCUCAGCAGCAAUCUCAGCAGCAGCAGCAACAACAACAACAACAGCAGGCAGCGGCCGCAGCUGCGGCGGCAGCAGCAGCAGCAGCGGCAGCCGCUGGCCAGCAGCAGGUGACGCAAGUGAGUCAGGCCGGGCCACAGGUCCAGCAGCAGCAGCAUCCCUCGGCGAUCUACCGCAAUGCCCAGGGCGGGGGCCAGCCGGGACAGGGCCCUGCACAGCAAUCGAUUCUACCCAAUCAGCAGCAGCAGCAGCGGCCCAACAAUGGCCCCCUCGCAGGACCCGGCCAGAACCAGCAGCCGCCGCAGCAGCAGCAGCAACAGCAGCCACAGCAGGGCUCCCAGCAACCCCCCAACCAGCAGCAGCAGCAGCAGCAACAGCCCCAACAACAGCAGGGACCGCAGCAGGGCGGACCGGGCGGAGUGCCGCCGCCCCAGACCCCGUACCGCGUGAGCUACCAGCAGCAGCAGCAACAGCACGGCCACUAUCCCGGUUAUCCGCCGCAAACGCAGCCCCAGUACCAGCCCCAGGGCGCCUAUCCGUACGGACCGCCGACGCAGGGCUAUGGGCCACCGCCUCCGGGGCCCCCGAAUGCAGCGCAGGCCGGCUACCAUCAUGGUGGAGCCGGAGCAGGGGCCGGGGGACAUGGCGGCUAUCAGCCGAACACUGGUGGACCCGGGCAGCAGGCUCCGCCACCGGGCGUUUAUGCACCGCCGCCGGGAAGCCAGCAGGGCGUGCCGCCGGGUCAGCAACCCCCACCGCCGCCGGGACAGAUGUACGGACCGCCGCCGGGGACGGCAGGUGGCCAGCAGGUGGGAGCGCCCGGUGGGCCGCCUGGUCCGCCGCAGAGCGUGAAUCAGUAUGGUCCGCCGCCGCCGCAGAACUCGACGGGUGGGCCGCCACCCAUGAGCUAUGCCGGGUACCCCCCAAAUCCCAAUCAGUACGGCCAGGCGGGGGCUGGAGGAGCGCCACCGGGUGGAGGCUAUGGGCCACCCCCUCCGCCCAACAGCAGCGGACAGUCGCCGUACCAGGCCUACCAGCAGCAGCAGCAGGCGGUCGGUGCCGGAGGCGCACCGCCGGGCAGUAGCUAUCCGGGCGGGCCGCCGACGAGUGUGGUGUCCGGGGGUCCGCCGCCGCCACCCGGUGGCUAUAGCCAGACAACGGCGCCCAGCCAGACGCCGCCGCCGCAGGGACCCCAGCAACAGCAGCCGGGUGGCGGUGGAGCGGGCUCCAAUCCGAACGGGCCCAAUGCCCAACAACAGUCGACGCCGCCGCCAUCGGGAGGAGUGGGAGGAAAUCCACAGCAGCAGCAGCAAGUGCCGCAAGGUGGGGCAGGAGGGGCAGGCUCUCAGCAGCAACAGCAGCAGCAGUACGCGCCGCCGCCGCCCCAACAGCAACCGCAGCAGGGAGGACCCGGUGGAGUGGUCGUCUCAGGGGUGGCACCGCUGCCCACCCAGGUCCAGCCCACCUACUCGACGCCCGGCGGCGUGACUGGCUAUGGGCCGCCGCAACCGCAGCAGCAACAACAGCAGCAGCAAGUUCCGGGAGGACCUCCUACCUCCCAGCAGCAGCCCCCACCGACCGGUGGACCCCCCAAUCCCCAGUCUAGUGCCCAGCAGCAGCAACAACAACAACAACAGCAGCAGCAACAACCGCCGCCCAAUGGUGCCACGCCUAAUAUGCCGCCCAAUCAAUAUCAGCCUGCUCCUGGCGCCCCGCAGCCGUAUGGGGGGCCGCCGCCGCAGGCGUACGGACCACCUCCGCCGGGCAGUGCCUAUCCCGGCCAUGCGUACCAUCAGCCACCGCAGGCGGGUGGUUAUGCCCAGUAUCCGCCCACGCAGGGCUAUCAGAGCUACAGGCCGGCGGGCGCACAAAUGCCGCCGCCGGGAGCACCCCAGGGACCGCCACCGACGGGGGCCUACGGUUACUACAGCAAUCAGCCGCCGCAAUGAGGCUGAGCGGUGGCAGUCGCUGUGGCGGUGACCGUGGUGGGGGCAACAGCAGAAGGAUGAGGAGGAGGAGUCCAUGUCCAUCCACUCGAAAAAAUGCUCAUGAUGAAAUGGGAUUCAUGAAGGAUACAAGGAAGGAGAGCUCCCACACCCGAAAUGAAGACGAUUCUUUUUGCAUACAAUUUUAGAGUUUAAGCGGCAGAUCGGGAGACAGUUAUCUAAAUAGAUAUAUAUACAGAUAUAUAUAUAUACGAUACGAUAUAUAUAUAUACGAUACGAUAUAUAUAUAUACGAUACGAUAUAUAUAUAUAUAUAUACGAUACGAUAUAUAAUACACUUUUAAGGAACCUCCUCCUCCUGUCCCUUGCUUCACAAGAACUGGAAAUGGAAACUUCCUGGAGAGUGAGUGAGAGAGAGAUAUAGAGAGAGCGAGCGAGCGAGAGAGUACGCAAGAGUCUUGCGCUUCGGUCUUUUAGUUUUAAGCAACCCCCCUCCCCCCUCUAUAUAUAGUAGUAGAUGUGUGUUUCUUAACCAUAAGAAUUAGCUAUUUAAACUAAUUUUUUUGUCGUGUCGUAGAGAGAAACGAUAGAUAGAUCUACGGGCUCUAUCCAUCCAUUUAUAUUCACAUUAAUUUGAUUAUUGUUUUUAUUUCAACGAGCAUGCCCCUCCCCCGUUUCCACCCUUUUCCCCUUAGUUUAUUUGUUCUUUUCGCGUACUUUAGAAUAAGCAGCUCCCAGCCCCGUAAACUAGUUUAAAUAUUUAAAUGAGAAAAUUAUAACUAAUACAAUACUAUUACAUUGAUGCCUACACUAAUGGCAGGGACUGUGCGAAGGAUUAUACUACGAAAAAACAAACAAAAAAAAGCAAAACAUUCAGCAAACGAAAAGGAAAAGGAAAACUACAACAAAUUGGAACUCUAGAAAUAUAAAUUCCUUUUUUAUA